AUGAGUUCCUGCCGAUACAUUGCCCACUUCGUAGUGGCGCUGCUUUUCUUGGCGGCUGCUUACUUGACGGCAGCCGACGCCGCUUUGGAUCCAAAGGCGCAGGAGCCUCAACAUGGGGAUGAGGCUGUGGCUCUUGAGGUCGAAAGAACACUCAGCUCGCCCGAAGAAUCAGAACAACAAGCGGAGGCGACGGAGUCGCAUCGUCUGGAUAUUGCCUCGGAUGAGGCUGUGGCUCUUGAGGUCGAAAGAACACCCAGCUCGCCCGAAGAAUCAGCACGACAAGCGGAGGCGACGGAGUCGCAUCGUCUGGAUAUUGCCUCUCGAGCCAAGUCGAAAAAGACGACUCGUCGCACAGGGAAGGCACGUAAAGCUCUCCGCGCCAGCCUGAUUUUGCUGGAGGUCGCAUUCUAUGCGUUCCUCGCCUAUUUCGCCUACGCGCAAAUUCAGUGCCAUUAUUCAACCAAUGCAGAUCUUGCUGAGGCAUCCUACUGCCGCACUGCGCCACCUCAUGAGGUGGUUCCAACAAACGCAUCGCAUCUUGCAGCCUUCGGUAGCUUCGUUCAGGGCGGAUAUGCAUUCCUUGAUUUUUUUGAGCACAAAGCAAUUUCUUUAGGGUGUCCUGUUGCCGGCGUGUCCCCUCUUCCUCCUCAGAAACAUCAUCCGAGUGUAGCGGUGAAGCUGAAGCAAGAGGCGACGUGCGCGGAAGUCAUCACGACCGCUGUGUCUGCCCCGUUCAUCGGAACGAACAGCGCGUAG